AUGGCCACAGGUCCAAGUCAGUUUGUGGAACUGAUAGGGGUGGACAUUCCAGAACAAGAAGACAUAAACAGAGACGUAUCACUAAAAUGCCUUUUUGAGCUCCAUCUUCCAGCUCUUCUGUAUUCUGUCAAGUGGUACAAAGAUGGAUCAGAGUUUUAUCGCUACCUUCCUGGGGAAACUCCACCUGCACAGGCUUUCUCCUUGCCUGGAAUUUCUGUUAAUUUGUCACACUCAGAUGAACAUGAAGUUCUGCUUCAGUCUCUACAGAUUGUUAGCUCUGGGAUGUACUUGUGUGAAGUUUCAACAGAGGCACCAUUUUUCCACACUGUAUCUGGUUAUGGAAUUCUUACAGUUAUUG